AUGGUUGCGAACGAUCGACGGGUUGAAAAAGAGCGUGUUGAUUUGGAAAGAAAAAGAAAGGCAAAGAUUGUUGAAGAAAAGAGUUGGGAAAAAAGUAUUGCAAAAGAAGAAAGUCGUCGUCGCGGCGUGUUGCGUCGGGAAAAGGCUGCGGAGAAGAGGCGUGCGAAGAGGUGUGCGAAGAGAAAAAAGCUAAGGAGAAAAAUUUCAUUUUGGCAUGAAGGUGAAAAAUUACGUAAAAGGGUGGAAAAAAAGAAGAAGGAUUUUAAAUUUAGAUUGGAUUUGGAGAGUGAAGAACCAGUCAAUAAAAGAGCGUUACGUAGUGUAGUUAAUUCUAUUUGGUAUUUGAAAGGAGAUGAUUUGAAUAAAAUUGCAUUUGAUAUUCAUCUUAGAAUUCAUGAAGAUGAAGAAGAAGAUUUAGUCUAG